AUGAAAAGUAAACAUCUAUUCGAAGCAAGCAGUGGAAAAUCUAGUAGUGAUUUGAAAAAGAGCACGGGGCCGUCCAAGCCAGUGACUAGACGUUGGACUCAAGAGGCCAAGGUAGAACCACGAGUGCGCAAGGCCGGAAUUAAAGAAAUUACGAGCAAUGACGAAUCAAAGAGUGGUGACAGUAGUCGGACGAUUCCAAGUAUAAGUGAAAAGAGAGCUUUAUUUCAGAAGUCUAGAACUUUUGAUAGUGACGAAUCUAGCAAGAAAGAUUUGUCUGGAAGUGGCGACAAGAGACUUCCAUUAAAAGAGAGAAACAAAAUAAGUGGAGGCCCAGGAACUGUUUCUAAACAAAGAGAGACUACCGGGAAAAGUGCAACAACAGAUCUUUCUACAAAGUCGCCUCGAAAAGACAAUGACACUUUAGAAUCUAAAAGUAAAGAAGACAAUUUGAUAUCAAGGCAAACUGAAAACGAACUGAGCCCAGAUAUAACGCAGGAUGAGCCUAGACCAAGUACAGAUAUUUUGGUUGCAACAGAAACUGAAACUAGUGGCCGGGUUCCUUUGAGAAAGCGAAUUGUACAGUCUCAGCAGCAAUCGGACGUAUCGAGUGGAGUUGUAGAUGAAUCAGAAAAUUCGAGAGCUGAAAAACAGAAAGAGGUGCUCGAAGAAAAAGAGCCAGCAAGCAAUAUCGAGAUUCAAAGCCAAGGCGACAGUGUGAUAUCAGAUGCUGAUGUGGUUACACCAGAUGUUGAAGAGAAAGAUUUUUGUCGCGAAAAACCGUUAGCCGUCAAUGGAACUGUAGAUACCUUGCAAGUUAAUGACAAAUUAGAUGGAGAUAAUGAAGAAAAAGAUAAUACAACUGAGCGUGCUGGAUCCAGGAGGCGGAGAGAAAGGCGUUCGAAUAGACUGAGACAAGUUGAUCCUAAAGAAUUGGAGAAGGUAAAAGAACAAGUGAGGCGGGAAUCUAGUGCAAGAGCUGAAGAUGUUGCGAAUAUUAAUGAAAGUGCCACUCUCAGCGAGGACGUAAAAAGUUUGAAAAUUACAGGCGAUGCAGUAGAAGAAAAGCCACUUUCGUUGAUUGAAGAACCUGUGGUCAGUAACAUCGAAGCUGAAAAGAAAUCAGAGUCAUUAGACGAAAAAGUAGAUGUCAAUCAAACUGAAAUUGUACCAGACACGACUCUCGAAAUACCGUCGAAGGAUACAAUAGAAAACGCCAAUGUUGUUGAACUUAAAAUAGGCGCAAAAACAAACGAUGUUGAUACCGGCGAUGAAAGUUAUGAAUCUUCAAGCAGUGGCUCGCUUACAAAAUUAACAACGCGAAGUGUUAUAAAGGAAAAAAUCAAGCAAAAGAAAAUCGACAAGAGACUUCGAAAAGAUCGGACGAUGUCUUUGCCUUUAGGGGUAGAAAUAGUUGUUACGCCGCAAAAUCAAAUAAAACAAGAUAUAGAAAUAGUUGUUAAUGGCACGCGUUCACCAUUGUUGCGAUCGAAGCCACCAAUACCGAGAAUUCAACGCAGCCAUGAGGCAGAUGACGUCAGUUCUUUGCAAAAAAGAACAAAACGGCCAAUCAGAUCGAGGCCUAAAACUCUUACCCAAGGAAUCGAUCCCGGCCUCUUACUGAGUGAUAUCAAAGCUAAAGAAGAGGCUGUUGUCGUGGAAGAGAAGCUAUCAAUAGCUCAGCUUAAAGAAAGGCUACUUCAAUCUGAAUCUGGCUCGAAAACUCCAAAAACUCCAGAAGUGCAAAGAAAAGCGAAGCGUAGGUCCGGUAAAAGAUAUAAAACGAUAACGGAAGGUAUCGCCCCUGGCUUGUUAGAAGCCGCCCACCAAAUAGCAUCCGCGGAACAAGACCCAAAUAAGCUUGGCGUUGACCAAACAAGGCUAAAUUUAGCACUAUCUGCUUCGACAGAAAACCUGAAGAGACGAAGUUUUAUCGUCAGUGAGGUAAACAGUAGGGUUGGAAGCAUUGGGGCAUCUUUGGCUACUUCAAUGGAAGAUUUGUCAAUUAAAGACAAUGAAAACGAUAAAGAUAGCAAAUCUAGUGAAUCAAUUGUCGAAGAAUCGAUUAGGAAAUUGAAAAAGUUGCCAAUGGUUGUGGAUAGCGAUGAAGAUGAACCAUUGCCUUCAGUUUCGUCAUUAAAACAAAGGUUUAUGCAAGCAGUUGAAGACUCGUACAAGCCAAGUAAAAGUAAGGUCUCAAUGAGGAAAAAGGGGGUACGGAAAGAUCGACCUUUCACGAUAUCAGGUAUUGAUGAUCUUACAUUCAAGCAAUUGCAGAGUGAUAUUAAACAGAGACACGAGGCUGAGUAUGUGAAAACUCUCAGUGAGGUGGAGAUUAGGAUUGAAGUAGAAAAUAAGAAGAACGAACAUUUCGAUGAGUUAGCUGAAGACCAGCUUGAGAUUAUGCUUGCAUCUGAAGGUCUAACAGCAGACCAAGUAGCGUUAGAGCUUGGUAUAAACCCUUCUUUAGCUCAGGGGUCGCCACUGCGAUCUAGAAAGCCUUUUCUUGGAACAACCACGGAAGAGACUGCUAGUGAUAUGUUGGAGGUCAUUGACGAAAAGGCUGAAAAACCGGAGAAGGAGGAUAAGGAGAAGCCUCUCGGGCUUUUGAAGAAAGAGUUCAUGAGUGCCAUGAGCGAGUUCAAAAGUGGUUCGUUUGACAAGGGUUCUGAUUCUGUUGAAGAGACAAUCAAAGAACAAGAGGAGCCAGCUGAACCAAAAUCUGACAUGGAUUGGAUAUCGCAAAGUGUUACACAGCUACAAUCAGUUAGUGACAGGCGACAUCUAAAGCCACAAAGAAAGAAAAGAUCGCCAGCGAAUCCUGUUAAGACACUUCAAGCCCGUAGUGAUCUCAUUACCGAAGUUGGCAGCAAUAACAAAUCAGAGAAUGUCCAACAAGACUCCCAGAAAUCUUCGGAGAAAUCAGCUGGUCUGAAAUUAUGGCGAAAGGUAGCACUUGCAAACGAAGCAAAAGCUGCACUGCAAUCAACUGAAGAUUUCUCAAAAGUAAAGUUAAAGAAAGUGAAGAUACCUGGGCAGUCAGUGAAUGGAGAACCCCCCGAGACGGGAGGAGUUGUCGAAUCGAACGUCACCAACUUACUAUUGAAAAUAAAAGGCCGUCGUCAUGUGCAGAUAAACGUCGUUGAUUUUAACACAAACUCUUUGACAAGUGAUGACAGCUUUGUCGUUGUUACUCCAAAGGAGCUUUUUUGUUGGCAUGGUCGUAAUGCAAAUGUUAUCGAAAAGGCCAAGGCAGCAGAGAUUGCUUCCAGAAUCAAUCAGAAGAAAGAGAUGGGUUGCAAAGCGUUGGAUGUUGUGUAUUUUGAACAAGAUGGCCAGAACGAAAGCAGGGUGUUCAGAAUGCUUGGUUCUGAAGGGAGAACAAACAUUAAAGAUCAAACUGAUGAUGACGAGGAAUACGAGCGAAAUAUGAUGAACACAUCGAUGGCGUAUAGUUUACAAGAUUCUGAACCACCCGAAUUGGUCCCAGUUUAUGAUAUGUGCCAGAGAUCACCAAGUAAAGAGAUACUGAGAACUGAUGAAGCCUAUGUUUUUGACUUCUUGACUGAAGUUUACGUGUGGAUUGGACGCCAAACCAUGUCGAAUGUGCGAAAAAAAAUCAUGAAAUUAGCCCGUGAGAAGUUCGAGCAAGGCUACUAUAGGCCUAUAUCAGCUUCAACUCCUCAUCACCAUGGAAAAUCUAGGAAAAUUUCGCUUACCACAACAGAAUUGCCAACAAGGAAACAAAGUAUUAACAGAAAACUUAGUGUACAUAAGUUUUUACAGGACAAAGAAAACUUAGUUCCCAGACCCCAGCAUAGUAUAUUUUUAUCAAUGUAUGAGGGAGCUGAAUGGGUGAUUUUUAAAGAAAAAUUUUGUGAUUGGCCUGAUGAAUCAAGAAUAAUACGAAUGAAAGGCGGACCGCAGACAGUUGGAGUAUUAACCAAGGAUGUGAACGUUGCCGAUGUCCAACCAGUUGAUCCUAAAACGAUGUUAGAUCCAAAAUGUGUACCAAUACUACCGGUUUUCGAAGGAACGGAGAUCGAUCGAGGAUGCGGAAAACCAAAAGGCUCGGAAGGCUAUCACAUAAUUACUCGCCAUGUCCAAGUAUGGCACGUGACUGAAAGGUUUCGCACAUUGCUACCGGAAGCCAGCAAUGGUCAUUUCCACUCAGGUGAAGGCUAUGUUAUACGGUGGGAAUACAGUAUUGUCGCUUCUCGAGUAAUGAAGAUGCUCAAGGACAUAGAAGAGGCUAAAGCAUCAGGGCGUCAUCGUUGUGCCUACUUCUUUUGGCUUGGUAAUGAUUGUUCGGUAACCGAGCAAGGAGCCACUGCUGUAAUGACUGUUGACUUAGACGAGGAGCGUGGGCCACAUGUGCGGGUGAUCCAAGGGAAGGAACCUCCAUGUUUUCUCAAUGUAUUUGAUGGAGGGAUGAUCAUUCACGCUGGAAAACGAAAAUCAAAGACGGAUCAAGUAGCAUUUAGUGAUCGAUCUACUGUGCGCUUCUACUGCGUACGAAAUGAAAAUCCAAAUGAAGCUUGUUUGUUGCAAGUCCCCGUAAGUGCUACGUCACUCAGGUCGAGAUCAAGUUUUGUCCUGGUAUUAUGCCAACAGGCGGAAAUAUUCCUUUGGCACGGAUGCAAAUCUUCCGAUGCAACCAGAGCCACUGCUCUCAAUGCAGUUCAUCGACUUAUUGAAAAUCACCCAGAGGAGGCACUUCUUUCCAACAAGGAAGAGAUUUUCCUAACGGAGAUAGAGGAAGGGCACGAGCCAGAGGUAUUUUGGGUUGCUGUUGGUGGUGAAGACGACUACGGAAGUUUAUUAACAGAUUUAAACAAUAAAUGGGACUUUGUUCCAAGAUGCUUUCAUUUAACCAGCACAUCAGGGCAAUUCGUUGCUAGUGAAAUAAUCAACCCAUCAAUUGACCCAAAGGAAAAAUGUCCUUUCCCAUUUCUGCAAGAUGACCUUUAUGAUUCUAGUCAACCAGGUAUUUUUAUUAUCGAUGCAAUUCAUGAGUUGUACCUGUGGCUUGGCUGGUGGCCUGAGGAGGAGGACAGUGAAAAUUCAGAUGCACAAAGAAUGCGUUGGGAUGUAGAUAAAAGGAAAGCCAUGGAAAGUGUGGUUCUAUAUGCAAAAGAGGUUGGACGCCCAUUGUCGCACUGUUACGUUGUUGAUGCUGGACUUGAACCUGAACAAUUUACUCACCUGUUCCCUUACUGGAUUGUGCAAGAAGAUAUCACGGAAAUCCAAAUCGAGGAUGGUAGAGAAGACAGUGAUAAGUUGCAAUUACUCUCGAAGAAACUGGAGGGAUUUACUAGAGAAUACUUCUCAAUCGAAGAACUAAUUCAACGACCGCUGCCAGAGGGUGUGAAUCCAUCGAGAUUAGAAUCUUACCUCUCUGAUGAAGAUUUUUAUAGCAUUUUUCAAAUGGAUCGUGAUGAAUUCAAAAGGAUCCCUGGGUGGCGGAAAGAUAACAUGAAGAAAGACGUUGGCCUGUACUAGAAAUCAUCGCCAAAAUCGUCUUACUACAGAUUUCAAGGAAGCUGCUCUUUGUGUGAUGGUACAAAGAUGACUUUUUAUAAAUCAAGUUUUUAGUAUGUAGACGUUUUCUGGGAAAAAUGAGUUAGCAUGUCUAAUUCUAUUACACAAAACACAGUGCACUGGGAAUUUAGAUUUAUCAGAGGUUGUUAAUUCACACUGGAUUUUAAUUGGUUGUAUGAAUCUAUUGAUGCAACGUUAUAUGUAACAGCUUAGGACAUAUAUAUAUUAACGAUCGACUGCACAUUUUACAAACGUUGUAAACAAAAUUUAUGUUUUGAGGUACAGCAAGAGUGUAGCUAGCCUAACAAGAUACGAUGAUGUUGCCCAUUUCAGAUUCAAUCCUCGUCCACACGUUUGCAGUAAUUUCUAGUCCGAAAAUCCUCCUCCCUGAAAGGGCCUCUGUCCAAACAUUGAAUAAAUAUAAAAAGGGUUCUUAGUGAGAUACAAAUAUAUCAUUGCAAGGAUUCCUAUCGGUCCCCACAUUUUUUAUUCUCCUAAAAAAGUACCCAUUCUACUCUCCUCAAAACCACUUAGCUCAAAGGCAUCCAAAAACGAUAGAAUUUCGCUUUUGUGCAAAAUAGGUUGCUUAGAUAUCAGGUUGAAAACUUAAGCACGAAUAUAUUUAUUUAUUUAGCUAAUUGUUAGUGUUGCUUACUCUUAAGAGUUGGUCAAUUGACAUCGUUUUCAUUGGAUUGGCAUCUCUCUAGGCACGUUUUCUUGGAUUACUAUCCUUUAAAGAGAAAUACAUUUGCCUGAACGUCUGCAUUAUUUCAGGUGUCGCAUGUCUGAAUAUGACAUGUUGAAAUUACUACAGGCCAAUAAAACAAUAAGAUACAUCUAGAAGAGUUCCACUGUAGCGGGCUGUUACAAGGUAGUGGCAUUGCAUAAUACGACAAUUUAUUGCCCUAAUCAAUUUUUAAGGAAGCAUUGAAUAAUUCAAAUCUUACUACUGACCCUUGCUUUUAGUCGCCUUUUAAAUAUUUGUAGUACGCCACUUGAUAGCUACAGAAGGUAUAUUAAUAAAUUUAAACAUGUCGUGAAAAUCAUUCGAGUUUGGGCUAUCAUUAGCUUGUUUGUAUAACCAUAAAGUCCCCUUCAUGUUGGAUGAAAACUUAUGUAUCUAGACGAUGUUUGUUCAUAUUAUUUGUGCACCAGGAAGGGCUAAAUUCGUUGCCUUUUUUAUAUCUGGUACCUUGUUGAAAAUUGCCAUUACUCAAAAUGUCUCAUUUCAAAAUAUUUAAGAAUAUUUUGAAUGUUGUUAGUUGCAAAACAAAACGUUUCUCUGAUCAGCACAAAUUAUUUUGUUGUGAAAUGAAAGUUAAGUUAUUUUUCUAAGUUCCAAUUCAUUCACCAGAAUUUUAUUUUGUAUAUUACUUUACAAUACAACCGUUGGUGAAGAAUUUCGUUCUUUCUUAGAACUUGAAUAUUUAUAUUAUAAAAGUUAUAAUAAUAAAGCUUUUAUUUAAUAAAAUCGAAUUUCGCGUUUA